GACAUCCCAGUCCCGCUCGGUCCUCCUCGCCCGGCACCCGUGCGCCCGCUCCGCGCAGUCAGCCCGGUCCACCCAGUCCUCACCGCCAGCCGGCCGGCCCGCCCCCCACCGCAGCCAUGGACGCCAUCAAGAAGAAGAUGCAGAUGCUGAAGCUGGACAAGGAGAACGCCAUCGACCGCGCCGAGCAGGCCGAAGCCGACAAGAAGCAAGCUGAGGACCGCUGCAAGCAGCUGGAGGAGGAGCAGCAGGCGCUCCAGAAGAAGCUGAAGGGGACUGAAGAUGAGGUGGAGAAGUACUCGGAGUCGGUGAAAGACGCCCAGGAGAAACUGGAGCAGGCCGAGAAGAAGGCCACGGACGCCGAAGCAGAUGUGGCCUCCCUGAACCGCCGCAUUCAGCUGGUAGAGGAGGAGCUGGACCGGGCGCAGGAGCGUCUGGCCACUGCCCUGCAAAAGCUGGAGGAGGCCGAGAAGGCAGCUGAUGAGAGCGAGAGAGGCAUGAAGGUCAUCGAGAACCGGGCCAUGAAGGAUGAGGAGAAGAUGGAGCUGCAGGAGAUGCAGCUGAAGGAGGCCAAGCACAUUGCCGAGGACUCCGACCGCAAAUACGAGGAGGUGGCCAGGAAGCUGGUGAUCCUGGAGGGAGAGCUGGAGCGCUCAGAAGAGAGAGCUGAGGUGGCCGAGAGUAAAUGUGGGGACCUAGAGGAGGAGCUGAAAAUUGUUACCAACAACCUGAAAUCCCUGGAGGCCCAAGCGGACAAGUAUUCCACCAAGGAGGACAAAUACGAAGAGGAGAUCAAACUGCUGGAGGAGAAGCUGAAGGAGGCUGAGACCAGAGCAGAGUUUGCCGAAAGGUCUGUGGCCAAGCUGGAGAAGACCAUCGACGACUUGGAAGAUGAAGUCUAUGCACAGAAGAUGAAGUACAAGGCCAUCAGCGAGGAGCUGGACAACGCACUCAACGACAUCACCUCCCUCUGAGCCCACUCCCGUGCGGUUGCCUCAGGCCCCUCUCUGCUCUCUGUCCAGCCUCUCUCUGGGGAGGGGGCAGGCAGGAGAAGCGCAAGUUGCCAGUGUUGCCCAGGCAGACCGGGAGCAGCCUAGGGAGAGUCCCCUUCACACCCGCAGCCCACCCUGGCACUGGCUUCGCCCUUCUCUCUCCACCACUUCCUCUGCCCGCUGGCCUCCACCUCUUCUGCUGCUUAAUAAACUCUGAACUUGGUCUCCAUGCUCUUUUCCUGUCCUCAGAGCACUGGUUCACUCCCGAAACCCUGGCCCUCACCACCCCACACGCCUGUGACAGCCCCCCACUGCACUGGGCCCUCCCACAGAACCCUGCGGCUCACACAGACACCCCCACAUCCUACACACACACCCCGGGCUCGCACUGACACCCCCGCGUCCCACACCCCUCCUCCAGGCUCACACUGACACCCCUGCGUCCCACACCCCUCCCCUGGGCCCACACUGACCCUCCCUGCUGCAUGUGGGCACGGUGAGCCUGCCAAGCACCGUAC